AUGCUGCGUUUAAAUCAACCGUUCGUAGCGUUAAGCACCGCAGAAGCGUUACUUCAAACAGAACAAGAUCCGGCGAUUUUGGAAGGCAUUCGAGCAUCUCAAAUGGAAGCCGCAUGGCGUCUUCACGAAUGGACUCUGCUGGAUAAACUCGUUGAUGAAUCGAAUAGUGCAAAGAGUCCACUGACCCAAUGGGGUGCGACGAACGCAUCGAUUCUGUACAGUUUGAAGCGAAAGGAUGAGACGACACUGAACACGCGAAUGGAUAGUGCGAGAUGCCGAUUGGUGGACUCGUUGACUGCGAUGACAAUCGAGGAUUCGGAUACAUAUGCACAAGCCUAUAAAUACAUCACCCAAUUGCACAUCCUCGCAGAAAUUGAAGAAGCCAAAGAGAAUUUGCUAUCGUUGAGCAGUUACACGAACCCGGGUAGUGCACGUGCGAUUGAACUGACACCAGAACGGCUGAACAAAGUUUUGUGCAAAUGGCAGGUGAGUGCCGUUGGAAGGAAGUUUUCAUUCGGGGAAGAUGUUUAUGAGUACGGGUACGAUGUGGCAUGUGUUGAGGAGGUUCUGGUCGUGUUAAUGUUGAUAGGAAUAAAUUUAGCGAUAGCGGUGAUUGUGGAUGAUUAUGUUGAUGUUAUUGAUAAAGAUAACAGUGUAUUGAUGAUAGAUAUUGAUAUUCAUAUUGUUGCGGAUAUUGAGAGUAACUAU